AUGACCAAUCCUGCUGCCAGAGCCCGAACUGGGGCGCCACCAGAGGACAAGGCCAACCUGGGGGCGUGGUUUGUUAAGACCUUGGCCAAUCUUGGAGUUAGGCCCGGCUCAGGGGUGGAGUUUCGAGUUGCCGGAACCAGCGAGGGUGUUCGAGUUUGAGGAGGGCGAGACCCAGCCCUGGAGGCGGAGCCUAGCAGUGAUCGCGGCCAAUCACGCCGAAGCCCUGAAUGGACCGCUGGGGGCGUGGCCCCGUGGGCGCGGCCAGGACCGGUUCCGGGCCGCCCGUGGGCGUGGCCGGGCCUGGACCGCGGCGGGGCCAUGUCAGCGCCGCCGCCCUUGCAGAUCCGCGAGGCGAACGCACACCUGGCUGCGGUACACCGGCGCGCGGCGGAGCUGGAGGCGCGGCUGGACGCGGCCGAGCGCACGGUGCGCACCCAGGCCGAGCGCCUGGCCCGCCACGACCAGCAGCUGCGCGCCGCCCUAGACGAGCUGGGCCGCGCCAAGGACCGUGAGAUUGCCGCUCUCCAGGAGCAGCUGUUGACCUCCGAGGCUACUGUCCAGAGUCUGCAGGCUGCCGUGUGCCGGAGGGACAAGCUCAUCAGGCAGCUGCAGCCCCGGGCUGAACUGCUGCAGGACAUCUGUCGCCGCCGGCCACCCCUGGCUGGGCUGAUGGCCACCCUGGCUGAGGCUGAGCGCCUGGGGCCCUUGCCGGCCAGUGUCCCCAGUCACCCACUCCCUGGUGGGCCCAGUUCACACCUUGCCAACAGUACUGGGGAGGAAGAGGACAGGGACCACCUCCAGCCUGCUGUGUUUGGGACCACUGUGUGAGUCCCAGAGUAGAUUCCAGAAUGGAGAAAGAGGACCCCUACGGGGACUUUUUCCACUGCUGUGGGUGUGCUUGGGGGUCACCAGUACCCCAGAGAGGACCCCGUGGCAGAGCCAUAAUCCUGUCCAAACGUCAGAACCUGCUAAAGAGUCAUAGGUUUCAAAUGGGCGGCCUACAGGAACAAAUGCAGAUGUUGAACCCGGAGAGAAGUGUUUGUUUUUUUAAAAACAAAACUUUGAAUCAAUCAAUCACCCUUGUUGGAGAACUGGCAGUGCUGACACAAAAAUCUGGAUUUCUAGCUUCGGACUGGGCCGUGCCUGCCUGGAUCUGAGUCCAGGGCACCCUCUUCAGUGAGUGUGAGUUUCAGGCCCCACAUGUCUCUUAGGGCCAGAUGUCUGGCCCCUGAAGCAUCUGAGUUUGAGACCUCUCUUUUUCCGGUGGAGGCGGAUGAUUUGAGUUUCUCUCCCUUUCCCCCUUGCCCUGAUUUUUGUUCGUCCCGAAGCAUUCCCCAUCCUAAAGCUUUUUCUUAUUCUCAUCUCCGUCCAGAAUUGUGAGCCUCAACCCUCAGGCCAUUUUGCAUUGGUUAUAUGAAGACAAAGUUUUAAUCCUGGAUUUUUUCCCCCCAAACUCUAUCCUUCCCUCAACGCAGGGAAGAGUGUGUGCGUGUGUGAUGUGCUGAGAUGUCUGCAGCCAGGCUUUGCUGCCCAGGCAAACUCGGGCACCCCAUAAGCUUUUCUUGAUAGCGUCCUGCCUCAGGGUCUUGACACUGGCUGUUCCCUCCGCCUAGAAUGCACUUCCCCCAGCUGUCACAUGACUAGCUCCUUGUCACUCAGGUCUUUGCUCAAACGUCACCUCCUCCCAGAGGCCUUCCCUGACCACCUUAUUGGAAGUCAUUCUUCUCCACUCCACCCCCACUGCCUCAUUUGAUUUUCUUUAUGUAACUUCUUACCAUCAGAGUGGAAGCUCCAUGGGGGCAGGGUUUUUGUUCUCUGUCACCAGUGGCAGGCACACUCUGGGACCCCGGUAGGAACAGGAUGGGUCUAUGGGCCCUGAAGAGAGCCAGGGACCCCAGCACAUUCCAUGAGGCGCCCCGGCCAGUGGAGCUUUUGUAGCAGCAGCUGGCUCCUUUUUAUAUUCCUUAGAGAAUCUAUUUUUUCACUCCUUAUUUCUAUGCUGCCCUUCUUGGCCCAAGAUAUUCGGGGUGCCUUUUUUUUAAAAAUCAAAACAGGGAACGCUGUGCCCUUCUCUGCCCAGCCCAAGUGCCUGGCCUGGUACCAUGGUAGCUUUUUACCGCCUCCUGACUCAGGGAAUGGUCAUACCAGGAACCAUGGCGGGGCACAGCCCCUUUCAGCCCGGAAGGCUCAGCGUCCACCCUCAGCCCUCAGGAUGGGGCCGCCUGGCGUCUCACAGUGACCCCUCAGUGUGGCAACAAUGGCCCGGUUUUCUCCUUUGGACGAACAGGGGUUGGAGGGUGCUGUUUGUACGAGGCGAAGGCAGGCUGGCGCCUGUCGGAGCUCAAGAAUAAACCAAAUGAUUUCAUGGCA